GGCGUGCGUGGAUGGAUAAAUCAUAGGUUCGAUGGAGAUGGGUGCAUCAAAGCUUGGGAAGCCUUCCCCAAUGGUGAACCAAUUGCGCAUGGGAAUUGGUGCACCACGCAUUCCGAGGCCUGUCAUAGUGAAAGACGUUUGGCUGUGAGCCAAGAGGUGGACACAUCUGCUUGUUGCAUGGGAAGCCGUGGCCCAGAAACGCUUUUCGAAGCGAAACCAUAAAGGUUUUCGUUUGCCAAAUGGAACACCCACUCUUCUGCUCCCACUUGGGCCCCGGUUUUCGUUGAGCUCAAGCAGCCUAAUUAUCUUGACAUGUUCAGUCUACUGAGUUUACGACCUGGAGUCGGAAGACACCUUUCUUGUGUUCUUUUUGGGGGGGAACGGAGGAGGCUCCCGGUGGCUAUUCUUCACCUCUAUGUGGGUGUGUCCAGGCUCUUGAAUGUGGUCCAUGAAACCCAAUGAGAUCGAAGGGCACUGGUCAUCAACGUUCGACCGACCCCAUGCGUGUGUGUACCAGAAUCGGGACUUCAAUACCCAUCCCAAUGUGGACCUGCAACUGCAGGCACCAAACAUCGAAGCCUUUCGCUGUUGGAAGCAGACCACCGCUAAAAGGGGCCGCUUGGAGGCCGCUGGACGCUCGGACGCCGCUGGACGCCGCUCCGGCUCGAAGCUGGUGACGACGUGCCGCCCGUGACCUGUAGCGACCAUGUCCAGCAAGAGCGCAAUGCUGGCGGCCGCCGGCCUCGUCGCCCUGCCGGCCUUCAUCGGAGGGCCGCUGGUGAGUCACGGAGCAUCGGCUCGCGCUCCCGCGCUGCGGGGUGCUCAGAGCACAGGCUCGGCCGGUGUGGGCGCCGCCGCUGCCACGAGCCUGGCCGCUCUCACCGUGCUGGGCGCGGCCGCGGCCAAGCGCCAGACUGCGCGAAAGGCGCUGCGCCGUGAGCUGGCCGUGGCCUACGAGGACUCUGGCAUUGACCUCCUGGACAACGGCAAGUUCGCCCAAGGCUUGGUGGGUUCCGAGGGUGCCUGGGGCCGCUAUGAGUUCGAUCCUUUGGGCUUCUCCAAGAAGACCGAGCUGGUGCCCUACUUCCGCGAGGCUGAGCUGAAGCACGGACGCUUGGCUAUGCUCGCCUGGGUGGGCUUGGUGGUGCCAGACUUUGUGCGCCUGCCAGGUGAGAAGUUCUCCUUCGAAGCCGUUCCCGUGUCCAUCGAUGCGCAUGACGCCUUUCUGGGCGCCACCGGCGUGAACGCACAGGUCCUCUUCUGGGUCAGCAUCCUGGAGCUCUGCUGCGCCAAGAAGGUCUUCGAGUGGAACUCCGUUGAGGUGGCCGGCGACUAUGGCCUUACCAGUUUGUUCCCCAGUGACGAGGAGGGUCAGAAGAAGAUGCGCCUGGCCGAGCUGAAGAACGGCCGCUUGGCCAUGCUGGCCUUCGCAGGAGCGGUGACGCAAGCGGCCCUGACUCGUCAUCCUUUCCCAUGGCUGUUUUGAGAAGGCAUCUAGCUCGCACCAGCCAAGCCACGACAGCAGAUGCCCAAAUCGAUGUGCCUGGCCCUUUCUGUGCACAUCCUCCCCUGCGCCGACUUUUUCAACAAGACAUUGAGCGCAGGGGACUUUGGCGACGCCCUUUCCGCCACAAAA